AUGGCGCGCCCGCCCGGAAAGAAACCAAGAUUGAGGAGGCGAGGCGCUGCGAGGAGAAGCGAGGGCCCGCAACUGAUGAAACAGCUGAUCAACGCUGUCGGCGAGAGGAAAGAGAGUCGGGGGGUAACGUGCCGUCGCCCAGCGCGGGCUGAUGAAAUCCGCGCCAAGACAGCUGCUGUUGUGACCUGCGAGUUCCCGGUCGCUGUGAGCUCUUCAAUGCCUCCCAUGCGGCCUUGCAUCAGCCUGGCUUCGCUACGCGCCCGUGGCCAUAAAUACCGGAUCGUAAGAACAGUUGCUCAACGGGGUUCAUCGCAACGUUUUUGA